CAAUGUUUGUCGGUAUAGUUAUUGUUAUUGACAGUGACUGUGAAGCUAAUGCAUUACCUCAGUCUCCAUAAAUAUAUUAUUGAUUGAUAUAUUUUAUCUGUUUAUUUAUUUCAUCGAAAACUUGAUUUUUCCGGAGACAUGUCAAGUGUAUUUAUAGAAAACUAGGUCACAUGAAUCAGAAAAUGGGCAGAAGUGGGGGCGACUAAAGCGUCAAAUAUCCGAUGAUUGGACCAUACCUGUGGGUCAUUACUGUCAUCAGUUCAGGUGUGGUAGAAAUAAACAAAGGUCAAAGCGUAUGGGCCUUUUACUCAUUUGCACCAAAACACCUGGGAACAGGAACAGAGUGUUGAGGAAUUUUAGUGAAGAAACUGAACAACGAAGUUAAAAUAUUAGUGACCAACUUGUAUUGUGAAUUAAAUAAAUAUCUAAAGAAUUUAAGGAAGCAUCAAUCUACCCAUCAGGCACCAUGUUCCUGGCAGCCAGUUGGUGCAUGGGUCGCUUCAUGUGGCUUCUGCCCAUAUUCACUCUAGGAUGGCUCUUUGUGUCAAUGACAACCACUUAUGGUAUUGCAGUGGCACUUAAUCACACCUUUCCUAAUUUUCCAUACAUCAGCUACACAGGUGUGGAAGUUCCGGAGAGGGGAAUAUUUACAUUUUCAAUUGCUGUCACUGCCAUUAUGCUUGCUGCCAAUGCAGAAAUGCGAUUUCUGUUCGUGAAGGAAAUUUUUCAUGAAAAAAAAAUGAACAAGAAAUGGAAGAAUACAAAUGUAGCUGGACUUGUGCUGGGGCUCAUCUCCUCCUUGGGCUUGCUCCUGGUCGGAUGUUUCCAGGUGGAUGUGAUGAAACCUCCCCACUACUUUGGAGCCUUUCUCUGCUUUGUGAUAGCCAUUGUGUAUCUAUGGUUACAGACAGUCAUCACUUGGAAACUGAGACAUGUGGCACAAAAGGAGCAAGAUGGGAAAGUUUGGAGAGCUAUCCGAAAGUUUGUUUGGAUCUGGCAAAUCCUAAAUAGUGCUGCCUCCACCAUAUUACUUAUCUUAUUUUCUGUAUCUAAGGCAACAUACAAAAUGCAGAGGAAGUUAAACAUGGGAACUAAAUGGGAUACACUACGGGGUGUGUUUUUGUUGUCCACGACAACAGAGUGGUUACUAGCCUUCUCAAUCAUGUUCUUUGUGCUAACAUUUAUCCCUGGCUUCAAACGUUUGAAAGACAUCAAAGUUAAAGUGACCUUGGAUAAAGGUGAAAAGUCAGGACCACCUCCCAAUGGAGAACAGCAGGAAAUGAAUGACAGGGAAAGGCUUCAGCCAGAAAAACAGGAAGUUUAAUCGGAACCCAUCGUGAUAGUAAUCCACUGCUCAUGUGUUAAUUGAUACACCAUACUUGUGAUGAGUAUUGGUGUCAUACCGUACCUGUGGUGUGUAAUUUAACUACGGUAUGUGAUCCAUAUACUUGUGAACCACAUUUGUACUUUAACCUCUUCAUAUGAUGUGUAUAUGUGCUACAUGUACUAUAGUAUAUGAUUCAUCACAUGUACAUAUACUUGUGAUCCAUAUUGAUUUUACCCAUGAAGGGGUUAUACAGCGCCACUCAGCCCAAGGCAGGGAAUGAUGAUUAUAAGAGUCAGAGAGGGUGAGGUCUUUCUGUACAGCGCCAUUCCUCAACCAGGAAUACCAAAGACCCAAAAUCUGCAACAUUUUCCAUCUGGAAUCAGGAAUUAUAAAGGCAUGAAAUCUAGUCCAAGCAACUAAUUGGAUUUUAUCUUCUUCAAAGCUUGUAAUCAUGUUUUCAUUGGUCCUCAGAAAGUUCUAGCAAAAUUUUUAAGUAUAUUUUUUUGUUCGAAAACUAAAUAAAUUCAAUAAAUUCAGGAUUGAUAAGAAAAAUUAAAAGAACAAACUAUUUUUUGACAAAAAUGACUUUGAUAAUAUUGUACAAGAUUGUAUUUUUCCAAAAUAUUUAUGCCUUAAAAAAAGUUAAAAAGCAGCAUCAAGAUUUGUAACAUAGAAUAUUAUUUUUAAAUGGGAUAGUUCACACAUUUAUUAUUAAAGAGCAUUUUACAAUUUAAAAUGUCUCAUAAUUAUCUUAAUUCCCAAAACCUUUUCUGUUGCAUGUACCUGUAUAUUGUUGCAUGUUCCUGUAUAUAUUAAACCAUAAGUAUUUUUCUACCUGUAUUAUUUAUAUUUGUCUUUACUACAUGUUUUUUGCUGCAGCAAUAUAUAUUCAUGAACAAGCCUACAGAUUUAUACAGACUUUUUGCAAAAAGUAUUUCGCUACUGGUUUUUUGACUUUAUCCAAAACAAAAUAUCCUCCCAAAAAUAGUGUCAAUGCGUGGAAAUCAGAAAUGUAUUACUUGUAUAAAUGUUGUUUGUUUCUUCAUUCCACUUUUAUAUUUUAAUUGCCUAUUUUUUAUCAGACAAAAUGUUAUUACAGACCAAAUUACUUUUUGCAAAUUGAAGAAGGCUAGCAAGACAGUUUUCUGUUUUGUCAGAGACUAUACAGAGCUAUAUAAUAUUAAAAUUUUCUAUUCUGUAUCAUAGGUGUCUGAACAUGUCCCAAAGAUUUUUUGUACAGCCAUGUACGUGCACAUUUGUACAGGUACACUUUAAAUAUGAACCUGUCAACAACCACCUAAUCGAUAAUUCAUUGAAUAGUUUAUGUCGAUCUAAUAAUUCAAUUAAACCACAGGCACCGGACAUUAUAUAUUUUUCUCAUAAUAAAUAUGCACCUCAUGAUAAAUAUGCACCUUCUACCUAUAAUAAUAACUGUAUAUUAAUAGGUAGAGCAUAUAUUUUUUUUAAUAUGAGAAAAAUAUACUGUAUUAUAAGGUAGAAAGUGCAUAUAUUUUAUUAUGAGGAAAAUAUAUAACGUCAGGUGCCUGUGAAUUAAAUCUGUAAUCAAAUCUGAUAGGAUUUUUUUAUAUGUAUAUGCACUAUAUGACACAUGCUGAUGUUUAAAACACAUCCCUUUUUAAAACACCCAUCUUUAUUGCCUAGUUUUUCUAUUUUUUUUCUUAUCCACACAUUUCUUGUAUUUGUGUAAGGGGUUUACUUGGUAUUUAGUAAUUUCAGUUCCUGAAUUUUCCCUGUGGCAUAUGUUCCUGUUGCAGCAAUAUCAGCAUAAUCUGUCUUGAGUUUUGUGGGUGUUUUUUUUUUUUUAUUGAUUUAAUUUUGAAAAGAUGCAUACGAUUUUUUUCUCAGAAGAAUAUGUAUAUAUAUUUCUUGAUGGUUGUGUAUUUUGUCAUACAUUAUAGGUACUUGCCCAAAUAUUUGUUAAAAAAAAACUAAAAUGGGAACCUUUUCAGUUUGCUCAUAAAAAAUUCUUCCAGCUCUUUUCUACCUCCGUGUAAAUAAAUGUUUGAGUUCUACCAAUAUUAAGCAGUGUUUUGAGUUUAUUUUAUUUUCACCUUUAAAACUUUCAUACAAAGUCAUAUAGUGUAUUAGAUAAUACUGUUGGUUUUACUCGGUAUACUAGAAAGUAAAUUCUGUUGACCACUAAAUACAUAUUGUGUUAAAAUAAUUCAAGAUUUAGAAUUCAAAGCCUUUAUUUUUGUUUUGAGAAAUACAAGUACAAUUCUGUGUAAUAUGUACAGUAGGAUUGGAAUGGAUGUACAUAUAAUUGUAUGAGAUGUACAGUAGGAAUAAAAUGGCAGGAUUAAGUGAUUGUAUGGUUGUGAUUGUUGAUCUGUUAAGUUGUUAUACAGUAUGUAAUCAAAAUUUUCUUUGUCAAAUCUGCUUUUUUAUGUAGAAUUUAAGUAGUGUAUCUUACUAUUUCAUGACUUGCAUGGCUAUAUGUGGUCAUGUGUAUUUCUAUCUACAUGACUUGUGUGUAUAUAUAAAUAUAUAUAUGAUAUUUGUUAUGAACUUGUUAAAUCCCCCUACCCUCUUUUUACUGCUGAAUAUUUUUAAAGUAGAAGAAAUCAUGAACCUA